CCGAUCCAGACACCCAGAUAAAACUCGUCUUUAGUCUGGUAUUAAGAAAUGCAACUAAUGAAAUUGCAGAGAAAUAUCAUUAAACGUGUAAAUGGCGUGUGUGAGUACAAAGACUGCAUGAAAAAUAUUUUUCGAUUGCAAAACCUUCAGUAACCAAUCACAUUUUUAUUAGACCACAGUUUUUAUGGUAUGCACGUUGCUUUUCCUUGUCAGGUUACUGAAAUCAAUUUUAUUUUUGGACUCGGGGUUUAAUGUAAAACAAAGACUUCAAAUGUGUGUGAUUUUUCCCAAAUUAUUCAUUUUGACCAAAUCUGUUCUGGCCGCAAGGGGACAGCCGUAGUUCUGGUCUUGGUGUAGCCUGGUGAACUUUUAGGGGCAAAGAAGAAGAAACAAAGGGGUGACUUGUGUUGUUUCCAUGCGUACGACUUCUCUCGCGUUAAAGUCCUUUAUUCAAACAAUAUGACGGCUUUCUGCUUCCAGACACAGCUCGUGUCCAUCAUGGACGCGUUGUGCAACGCGGCCGUGACAGAAAUCGGCAAGCUGGUGGAGAUUGAGUCGAAAAUGCUGAAAAUCGAGAUCACUCGCGGCCGUAACGAAAUCGCAUCUCUCACCGAGAAGCUGAAUCUGAUGGAGACUUUGCUCCACAUGGCGCAGCGGGGCAGGCCGCAGGACGCCAGGGAAAGCUUGGAAACCGCCGCGCUGGAGCCUGAUAGGACAAGACCUGUCUUCAAAAGUGAGUUGACAUGGGAGACCAUCAGCUCCUCACCCGAGACGAGCACAUCAGUGCAAGAUGAGCAGCAUCCCGCAGUUGAGGUGCUUCGGUUACCAACUGAGCAUCCUGAGCCGGUCGUAAAAGAGGAGCCGACGCAGGUGGACAACAGAGAGACCGAACAAGAAAGAUCAAGUGAAAGCAACACCCAGAAAACUCCGGAUGUGAGCCAGCACCACAAACCCGUCUCGGAACGCCAUCUUCCCGUGUACCUCGACUGCUUCGUUAGCCUCAACGAACGCCCUUGCAUCACUACGCCCAACAGGAGGGAAACACAGUGCAACCCCCUGCAGAAACCUCUGCACGUAAGCCACGAGGCCGGCAAAAGUUCGCCUGCUAACGCAACAGCCCAAAGCUCGCCUAGGAGCACCAAGAUACACCGACUGAGGACCGCCGCCUGUGCCAAGCAGAUCGUUUGCUUGCAGUGCGGGAAGAGCUACCGCUGCUACAGCCAGCUUGAAAUCCACCAGAGGAGUCACACGGGAGAAAAGCCUUUCCGAUGCACGCUGUGCGGGAAACGCUAUGCCCAACAGGGCCACUUGUACACGCACCAGCGCACACACACCGGUGAGAAGCCGUACCGCUGUCACAUUUGCGGUAAGGGAUUCAUUCAGAAGUGCACCCUGGACAUGCACAAGCGCACGCACACGGGAGAAAAGCCCUUUGUGUGCACGCAAUGCGGCAAGGGCUUUACAAAGAACUGUAAUUUGAAAAAGCACCUCUUGGUGCACCUCGAGUCCGAUAUGCAACUCUGCGGUGAUAGCGCGGUCACGCUAAGUGAGCCGUUCUCGAAUGAAACCUCAUCCAACACUGCGGCCAGUCACACGUCAUAUAUUGUGCUGCGUUCAAGUACAGCUCAGAAAGGGCACGACCGCAUCCCACAAUGCACCGCGGAACAGCAACUAGCAGCUAGCCUUGGUCCAACACGAUUCGCUCGCAGAUCUCGUUUUUGUCAAAUACAUGCCGGACUUAGCGAGAGCGAAUCGUCGAAUUAUUUGCACCUAGUCCGCGUUGAGAUGAUGUGCGACACCACCAAUAGAAGUUUCCGAGUGCAGCUGGCGACCAUCCUGGAGAAGCUAACCAAGACGGCCCUGAUGGAGAUUGGAAACCUGGCAGACGAGUGCUCGUCGGUACUCCUCGGCGAGAUCUCCUUGCACAAGAGCGAGAACGAGGCCCUGAAGAAGAGAUGCUACUCUUUGGAGCUGCAGCUCAGGGCCGCCCGGGAGGCUCACUACUACCCGGGCCACGUCAACAACAUCGGGCGAAGGAGUUCCGAAGGUCAGGAUGCACAUAAAACUGCCCACAUCCAGCAGCAGCAGCGACAGCAGCAAACAGCUGCGCCCGCCAUCGAUGGGGUAUUUGGUAAGGAUUGGUGCAUGGAUCUAUGGAGGGAAGACAAAAGAGCCUCCACUCAAAGGAAAGAGGCAGCAGAGCCCAUUGCAAUGCCAAGCAUGGGAACGCAGGAGUUAGAUAUCAUAGAUGCAGAACCCGAACUCAUCUUCAUCAAGGAGGAAAUGUACGACGAUCAUCCGCUCGGGCAGCAGAUGCAGUUGACGGAUAACAGGAAAGAGGUCGGGCUGCUGGACACUGAGCUCCACCGCUCCGUAAACGAGCUCCAGCUCCACUCGGAGGUUCUGAACAGCUUCCCGUUGAUGCCUGACGGCCAAGCCCAGCGCACGCAGCCCAAUAUCAUGGACAAGCUGAUCGAGGACGCCACAAUGAGCACGCUGCUGGACGCCACGGGCGCUCCCUCGUCGGCCACCGACGCCGACUACGUAGACUACGCCGGCAACAUCCACGCGGGUGCCGGCAAACAGCUUGCUCUCCUCCCUGCCAAACCCACGAGACCCAGAAAGCACUUCCAAUGUCUCUUCUGCGGCAAAGUAUUCAACUACCUGAGCAGCCUGAAAGUGCAUGUGAGACGGCACUCGGGCGAGAAGCCUUUCAGCUGCACGGUGUGUGGCAAACGCUUCGCCCAGAAGACAUACCUGAAGCUUCACCAGCGUGUCCACUCCGGGGAGAAGCCAUAUAGUUGUCCCAACUGCGGACGCAGUUUCUCCCAGAAGAGCUCGCUGAACAUUCACUUUCGUACGCACACGGGCGAGAAGCCGUACAGCUGCGUGGACUGCGGGAAAUGUUACGCCUACAAGUACGGCUUGAACCACCAUCAGUGUUUCACGCACAUGAAGACCACCUAAAUGGGAAGCGCCAAUUGGGCUCUCCCAAGUGGCAGCGUGUUAUUUGAUUCUUAGAAUUGUACAAUUUCUUCACCCUAAAAACACUCGGGUCAUAUAUAACCCAAUUAUGAGUCAAAAAGGGAUCGACCGCCUCCUGGGUUAAAUUGAUUCAACUUUUUGGGUUAUUCAUCUCACCCGGAAGUUUGGGUCAAAUGAAUAACCCACCAAAUUGUUUGUCAAACAAAUGACCCAAAAAUUGUUUUGCGGGUUAUUCAAUUGGACCCAAUUUUUCGGGAUUAAGUAAAUGACCCACAGAGUUGGGUCAAAUAAAUAACUCAGAAACUGACCCAGGUGGAGUCGGUCCAUCAUUGGAUUAUGUUUUUAGUGUUUGCAGUGUGGGCCUAAUACUCCUUUGUACUUAAUUAACUUUGUGCUAAAUGAAGCUUGAGAAACAGUUUAAAUGUCACAAAAGCAACAAGUGGAGAAAGUGUUAUUACAAAAAAAAAAAGUUUUUGUGCUCCAAAGGAGAAGUCAAAUCAGAAAUGUUUGUUUUAUUGCGUUUAGUUGUAUGAACUCUCAGGGAGCGGCCAUUUUGCGUUGUAGCGCCACUUGCUGUCAACUGAAAAUGACAUCACAGUGCCAAGUGGUCACAUGACCAAACACCGAUAACAACUAUGAUGUCAUUUUCAGUCGACAGCCUGUGGCAAAAUGGCCGCCCCCUGAAAUGGAUAAAGUGGGUGCAUUUCUCUGCUUAAAAUUCACAUUCCACAAACGUAUUGUGAAGAAAAUGUUUUGACUUCCCCUUUAACUUCCUUGAUUUGCCUUUGAGAAGAUUUCCUGUUGUUUAGUUUUUUUUAUUUUUUGGAAUGUUUUAUGGCACUUAGUGUGAAUACCUCAUUGAAACGCUGACCUCAUCCGCAUCGCAUGUUGUCAUGUUUGCUGUGCAUAAAUACCUCCAAGGCCGGAGUCAACGGUCUUCUCAAGUCAAAGUUGGAAUAAUCCGUUAAUGUGCCGAUGUGUAGCGUACACCUUCAACUACCUCAUCACAACAGUCAAUGUAGACUUUUUUUUUUUAAUACACAGUGUGCCCUUUCAUUUCAAAAACCUUGAUGACUAUAUGAGGAACAGGAUAGGUUUUAAAGAUUUUCAAGAUAUGGGUGAUCGUUGUCCCCUAAUUGAUUAUAUUGUCGUUUCCUUUGUGAACAUGCUAAAAUAAUAAAACAGAAAAAAAGAAUAUAUGGGCACAAAGUCGAAGACCGUAGUUUAAUUCAGAAAGUGAAACUUGGGUUAUAAUUCAUUUGCUACACACGGUUGAUGAUAUUUUUGUAUUAUUGAAUGAAUACACCAAACUUACCAUCUCAAGAUAUUAGAACACUUUUGUUCAAACAAUUUGAUUAGGAUAGAAAUCAGAAGUCGAGUGUAAAAUAUUUUUCUGUUCAAUGAAUGGACUGAAUAUGAGUUUCACUUUCUGAAUUGAACGAGUGAAUGACAUGAAAUACCAGAUUUAAAUGUAGUGGUAUGCACAGCACGCCUGUGACGAAAUAUUCAAGGUCCCAGGGGCCAUUUUUGUUUGAUAAACAUGCUAAAAGCUGUCUAAUAGAUGUCAGAAAAGACAAAUGACACUUUCUGAAAAAAAAAAGCCUGUUUGUUCUCUUGCAAACACCCCCCCGCACCUGAAAAAGUUCCUAUUUUGCUUGAUGUGUUUGCCAAAAGAAAUUACAGAUUUGCGUCGUGCUUGCAUGCCCUAACAAAACCGCCCUCCAACCCCAAAUGUUUAAAGUAUGUGCAAAUGUUCAUUGGAGAUUCGGUGCGACGUGCAUUCUUUAAUUGAGAACAAACUCGCACACUCGGGCGGUAUUUUUGAGUGAUGUUUUAUUUAAUAAACUUCUUGACUCCCGAA